AUUGAAGUGUUUUUGUAGUUUAAUGAUAUCGUAAUUUUGUAAAUAUUGCAAUUUGUAAACGACUAUUGUCUACAAAUCUGUUUUGUUUUGUCGUGGUCCGAAUAUCUGGUCAGUUUACAUGUUUUAACUAGUUUAAACUGAAAAUACCUAGUACCUAUUUGAUAUUUAUUAUUUCGUAGGUACUGAUUCAAUUGUGUGGUUAUUAAAAAUGUAAAAUGGUUUUGGAAUCUUGUUCUGUCAAAAGAUUACUACUGUUGAUUAUAUUCAUCGGAGGGAUUACGCUACUAAUAUUUAUAAAAAUUACGUCUUCAAGUGCAUUGUCUGUACUUAACGCCACUAUUGUGACAGAGACGUCUGAAAGCGUAAAAGAUCAUAAAAACUCAUCAAAUAAAUGUUGGUUGCGAGAAGAAAGUACAAUUCUGAAAGAAUGUCAUUUAUGUUCUGAUAGACCUGAAUGUAUAAACGCGAGUUAUAUUGAGACAAUUGAAUGCAAAAUUUCUGGUCUAGCAUAUAGAAAUUGCAGCAAACCAAUUAUACAAACAUCAGAAAAAGAAUUUUGGUUAUUCCAAGUUUCACAAUUUGUGAUUGCUGUAAUCAGCUUAUCUGUUAUACAAUACAAAAAAAAACAAUUUCAUAAAAAAUUAAUGAAGAGAAUACAAAAACAAUUGGAUUCCGUUGUAUAG